UCGAAUGACCGGGCUGGAGGAGGGGGUGGGCGUAUGCCCAGCUCAGCCCCCGCUGAGGGGUUACUGGGCACGGGACCUGGCGAGGCCUGAUUGCCUUGGAUUAGCUGGGCCGCCACCUCCUGCCCCGUCUUCACCAAUCUAUCCCCUUCCCCGCCAUUAACCUCGGGCUUCCUCGGCUGGGGGGCCGGCGAGCUCAGCUGAAGGGGAUUCUCCUCCCCAGCGAGCCGUCAAACGGGCCCGUCCUGGUGCCGUGAGGCUGCAUCCGCUGCCAUGACUCAGGCCAGCCUUCACCCAUCUGGGGCUCCUCCAGGGGCCCCCCGAGGCUUGCAAUGGGCACGGGGGAUUUGCAAGGCCGGUCCAUGAGCAGUGCUGCUUAGAGCCAGGAUGGCCUAGUGGUAGCACCGGACUCCUGGAUUCUCUCCCUGGCCCCGAGAAAACUUCUGGCCACACUUGAUUCCCAGCCUGCAGAAGGAACCCGAGCACCAUGACUCUGGCCGCGUACAAAGAGAAGAUGAAGGAGCUCCCCCUCGUGUCCUUGUUCUGUUCCUGCUUCCUGGCCGACCCCUUGAACAAACCAGUGUAUAAAUACGAAGCAGACACCGUCGACCUCACCUGGUGUGUCAUUUCGGACAUGGAGGUCAUCGAGCUGAACAAGCGCACCUCGGGCCAGUCCUUCGAGGUGAUCCUAAAGCCGCCGUCCUUCGACGGGAUCCCCGAGUUCAACGCCUCCCUGCCCCGGCGGCGCGACCCCUCCCUGGAGGAGAUCCAGAAGAGGCUGGAGGCAGCCGAGGAGCGGCGGAAGGCACCUCGCUGUCCCCAGCGGGCCCGGGACUCUGCGUGGCUCUCGCCCAGCCCUCAGCCGGCUUGUCCUGUUUGCUUUGUGGGUGCAGUACCAGGAAGCGGAGCUCCUGAAGCACCUGGCGGAGAAGCGGGAGCACGAGCGGGAGGUCAUCCAGAAAGCCAUCGAGGAGAACAACAACUUCAUCAAGGCAGCCAAGGAGAAGCUGGCACAGAGGAUGGAGUCCAACAAGGAGAACCGGGAGGCCCACUUAGCGGCCAUGCUGGAACGCCUGCAGGAGAAGGACAAACAUGCGGAAGAGGUGCGGAAAAACAAGGAGCUCAAGGAAGAGGCCUCGAGGUAGAGAGGCCAGGACGGUGGCGGUUUGGACUGACAGCUCCGGUGAAGCUUUGCGACCGAUGACGGGGAGUUCCUCUGCUUGCUUUGUUUGUGAAUGUGAAGAUUGACCAGUGAAGCCAUCCUAUUUGUUUUGGGGGAGGGCGGGGAGAUGGGGAGGAGAGAGAUGGGGCAGGGGGGUGUUUGUUGGAGGGAGGACGGGGGGCGGGAGGGAAUAGACACACCCCGUUUGGGAAGUCUACAAUCCUCUCCAUGGUUUCAUUUUUACUUCCUCAUCAUUAGUGUCUAAGAAAGAGUCCAAACGAACAAAGGGUCGGUGACGCUGGCGGUUAGGGGAGGUGACAUGACGGGGUGGGAGAGGGAUGUGCAGCGUGGGUGAAUUUAAUUUGGGGAUCAGUGCCGAAUGGACGGGGCUGCCCUGUCUGCAUCUCUCUGUAACUGUGGGCAGGAAAGUCGUCUCUCGGGGGUGCGUGUAGCCUGUUCUGUGUUUGCCAUGAACUUUGGUCAUCAAUACAAAUGAAACAUCUCCUUUCGGUGUCUCGGUCUUAUUCUUCUUUCUGUCUCUAACGGCAGGCCUGUCGGGGGCCUGGCGCUGUUUGGCUUUGUUCUUCCCAGAAGCUCUUGCAGUCUUUUGGAAAUAAUGCUCCUCCAGCAAUUCAGUAUUGUCAGACAUUAAUUAACAGGUUUCCCACCCUCUCUCCCCCCACCAAUGAGAAACAAUAGCUUCCUAGGAUGGCGUUAUCUGCUGGUAGGAGACACUUGUUUGGCUAUAGUGAAGUGAAGUUCAAAAUCCCUGUGAUCUCCCCAAGAGUGAGGAUUUGUCAGAUAGAGCCCGGGAUGUCUCUUCUAAUGAGAGAUCCCUUUUUCUAGGUAUGGAGCAGCAGAAAAUCUUGCUGCAGUUUGGAGCGAGGAAAGCGGAGGGAGGGCAGAAGGCACCUGUGGCUGGGAUUGCGGGGAGAAGAGACAUUCAGCUCCAUGGUGAGCUAGAGAGAAUCCAGUGCGGGCAGCGGAAGUGAUGCUGAUGCAAGGAGUAGAGAAGAGGGGGGCCUGAAGGAGCCCAGAUGAUAGCGACAGGGAAGACGGGGGUGGGUAUCUGAUCAUAGAUUAUAACUAGCUUCAAGCUAGCUGUGUCCAUGGAGAGGAGAAUUACUGCUGAGGCCAGCAGGACAAGGAGUGACGUCCCGAAGGGAAGUGAGGAAAAGCUGAAGCUAGAUAUUCAGAAUAGUUUCGUCCCAGCUGGGCAGUGGAGUGGGCUCCUGGAAGAGAUGGUGGGUGCCUCCUUGUUACAGAGUUUCAAGGGCACAUUAGUAAGGAAGAUAGUGGAAAAGGGUUACCUCCAGAUCCCUGGGCCGGGUUGCACUGAAAGACCAGCCAGUGCUGGUGUUCACAGCCCCAUGUGCGGGGCUGACCUUCCCUCUCACUCCUGGAAAAAGCAGAAAGGCUGAGGUGGGGUCCAUCCAGCUCUAAGCCAGAGGGCAGAGAGCCGGAGCAUGGAGCCUCUCUACUCCAGCUGGCCUGCAGACAGAGCCUUCCAGCUAGACCGAGCCCUGUGCACCACAUCGAUUUCCCACAAGUGAGGUCUCGCUGGCCACUACAGCCGGAUAAGGCUUUUAGGGCAUUGAUUAACUGAGAGGCCUUGAUAAAGUGGCCUCUCUGGAGCUUUUAUGAUGAGAGCAAUUAAUCAGGGCCCCGCUCUUCAGAGACCAGCUCGACACAGGAUCUGGCUGUGGGAGCUGUGGGGAAGGGGUGGGGAAGAGGCAAGGGGGGUCUGUUCCAGAUGUGGCACCAGCUGUCUUUUUGUAUACAACCAUUGUAAAUAAACUGCCUUGGCAUUUCUUUCCUUUCUGUGA